CUGACAGCAGUGACAGCCUGACAGGCGCAUCUUUUGAGGGCGGUGCACUUGGUAAGUUAGUUACUGUGUAAGUUGGUAGUCAAGAUGCUAGCAUGUCGGAUUCUUCAACAGUUCCUGAUCCAUGCCAGUGGUGGGAUGGUGUAGUUACUAUACUCUGUUAUACUCGCCAGCGGGGCAUGUUGCAACGCGGAGGCUGUUGCCUAGGCCUGGAGGGGAUAGCCGGGGGCGAGUCGUCCUGCUUGCGAACUAUUUAUUAGUUAUAUAAUUAGUAACUCCCUGCCGCCUGGCCGGGGGAUUUUUUUGUGAAAAUUAUGAAGACACUUCAUGGAUGAGAUAUCCGGCCAAGACACAACAUUGUAUUGUCGUGAAUUCGCAACAUGAUCAAUGUACAUAACAAUUGAUAUAACUAUACGGCUGGGUGACUGAGUCUAGAGAUUCGCUUCUGCCUUGAAAGCUGGAGGCCGACUCAAGAGUGCCAUAGUUAGCCAUGAGGUUCGCGCGCCAGGUAUGGACGCUGACGGUGAAGAACCUCUUGCUCACUCUCGUGCGGCCUUACUUGACGACACCAUUGCGGGCUUUCUUGUUACCCGUGAUUUUCAUAGCAUUUCUGUCCUAUGCUCGUAACCUCUUCGUCCCCCCUGCUGUGUAUGGCAUUGGCGAUGCAACUCCAGUCCGUUCUAUCCCCGAAGCCCUCAGCGGCGUCUCUGGUGGUAGGAAUAAAGUUGUUUUCGUAAAUAAUGGCUUGACCGGUGGCGAUAUAGAGCGUGUGAUACUGCGGGUAGCCUCACCCUUCAGAGAAAGCGGGAGGAUCGUCGAAAUUUUAUCUUCGCCCGACAACCUAUCAGAUUCGUGUCGGAGCACUCUGCGGGGAACAAGUCCGUGUAUCGUCGCUGCUGUUUUUUAUUCGUCGCCCAACGAAGGACCGGGCGAGCGAUGGAACUAUACAAUCAAAGCCGACGGUUCUUUGGGAGGUUUCAAAAUCCGUACGGACAGGACGGACAAUGACGCGGAGAUAUACGUUCUUCCUUUUCAACAUGCAAUGGACGCGGCGAUUGCGUCUCUCAACGAUACAGUAAAGGAUUCUGUGCUCGACCAAGAGAUAAUGGAAUACCCGUUUACCUCGAAAACGGCCGACGAACGAGCAGAUGAGAUCCGAGUAAGGUAUACAGGGUCUAUCAUGAACUUCCUUGGCGUUGCCAUUUUCAUCGGUAUGGUUGGUGUCACCUACCAACUGACCGGCUUAGUCGCCGCUGAACGCGAGUUGGGCAUGAGUCAACUUAUCGAUUGUAUGAUUCCAAGUCGUUCUCCGUGGAUACCUCAGGCGGUGCGAUUUCUCUCAGCUCAUCUUGCUCUUGACAUGAUUUACGCCCCGGGCUGGAUUGUCAUGGCUAUAAUCCUAAACUUCGGAGUCUAUAGCAAGUCGUCUCAUGCCAUUUUGAUCAUAUACCAUCUCCUUGCUGGCUUGGCCCUCUCAUCUUUCUCCCUGUUCGGGGCGUCUUUUUUCAAACGGGCUCAGCUCAGUGGCAUUACGGCUGUGAUAGUCUGUCUUUUGCUUGGUGUUAUCGCCCAAGUAAUUGGCCCCGAGUCCAACGCGGGCGUUGGGAUUCUCACUUUCCUCUUCCCACCUAUGAAUUAUGUUUACUUUAUCAUUUUAAUGGCACGAUGGGAGCGCCAGAACCUGCCAACUAAUCUCGUCAAAGCCGCGCCUGAGUCUCCUUGGACAAUUCCCGGUAUCGCCCUUUGCGUAUUUCUAAUAGUCCAGAUUGUGGUGUAUCCAGUCUUAGCUGGUGUGAUGGAACGCCUGCUCUACGGUACCCAAUCCAGGGGCAGAACCAUCACGAAAUCUGGUACCACCUCUGCUGCUGUAUCCUUAACCAACUUUACCAAGAUAUAUCCUGUGAACUGGUUGUAUAGGAAUAUCGGGCUUUUUUUUGGCAGUCGUCGGCAACCAGUUGUGGCUGUCAAUAACCUUACCCUGAAUGUCACAAAGGGUGAGAUAAUGGUUCUGCUGGGUGCGAAUGGCAGCGGCAAAUCUACAACGUUAGAUGCAAUCUCUGGGCUCUCCAAAGUAACGUCCGGGGAGGUCACAGUCAACUAUUCAGAUGGAGAGGGUGGAUUUGGAUUAUGUCCGCAGAAGAAUGUUCUCUGGGAUCGACUCACGGUUAUGGAGCACAUAAAGGUGUUUAAUAAGCUCAAAGCUGAGGGGACUGUGGAUACAAAUGAGCAUUUAACCCAGCUGAUCGAGGCCUGCGACUUGGGGAAAAAGGUCAAUGCGUGGUCUAGAUCACUUUCCGGAGGACAAAAGCGAAAACUGCAGUUGGCUAUGAUGUUCACUGGCGGUUCGUCAAUAUGCUGCGUUGAUGAAGUGUCUUCCGGCCUAGAUCCAAUCUCUCGAAGGAGAAUCUGGGAUAUUCUACUCGCAGAACGGGGUAAACGAACAAUUGUGUUAACAACACACUUCUUGGACGAGGCUGAUCUCCUAGCUGAUCACAUUGGGAUCUUAUCAAAAGGAGUAUUAAAAGCUCAAGGCUCGAGCGUUGAACUGAAGCAUAACCUCGGCUCUGGGUAUCGGAUUCACGUUUACAAUGUCCCUGGAUCUGAGAGUGCGGCAAUCCCACAGUUUCAUGGUAUUCCGCGCGAAGACAAUUAUGACGAAACCGUCUACAACGUUCCCGAUUCUGCGCAAGCGGCGGCAUUUGUCUCUCGUUUAGAAGAGCUCGGUAUCACAGAGUACCGUGUCAGCGGCCCAACCAUUGAGGAUGUGUUCCUGAAAGUGGCAGAGGAGAUGGGUCGAUCAUAUGUGCAUGGCGAUGACGAACCCAAAGAAGGCAAAACUGAAUACCAGGCACCCGACUUGCUUACUGGUGGCCAGAUAGGCAUGGCACGUCAAGCCUGGAUUCUGUUUUGCAAGAGAGCAAUAAUUCUGCGUCGGAAUUGGCUUCCUUAUACUGCAGCCUUCCUUAUACCCGUGAUUGCAGCUAGCCUUGUCACGCUCUCCCUCAAGGGCUCUAAGCGACCAGGAUGUAUGGGGCCAGAGACGGUGCUUCAAGGUGAUAUCAAGUCGAUACUAUCGCAGCUUAACCUCAAUUUGGUUGUUGGACCGUCGAACAAGUUCUCCUCACUCUCACUAGCUCCCAGUGAAGGCGGACCUGGUGGCCUGGAUCUUUCAUAUUUGCAUAACAGAACCCAUUUUGUCAACACCCUCCCAGAGUUCAAUAAUUACAUCGAUACGAAUUUCCGCAAUGUCACGCCAGGCGGUUUUUUCCUUGGGGAUGAUUCUUCGCCCCCUACUUUUGCUUGGAGGGGUGACGGUGACGUCUCAUUUGCGGUGAUCAUACAAAAUUCAAUGGAUAGUCUGCUGACAGGCAUACAAAUCGAUACUCAAUACCAAAGAUUUGAAAUCCCCUGGGCAAACAACUCGGCAGACUCCCUAAUACUAAUCACCUACUUUGGUCUGGCCUUGGCUGCCUACCCGGCUUUCUUCUCACUUUAUAUGACUAUAGAACGGUUGCGCAACAUUCGAGCCUUGCACUAUAGCAAUGGCGUUCGGAGUCUUCCGCUUUGGCUAGCAUAUGUCUCUUUCGAUUUUUUAAUCGUCAUAGCUAGCACUGUUUUAACCAUCGUGAUUUGCGUUGCUGUGUCAAGGGAGUGGUACCAUAUUGGGUAUUUAUUUGUUGUCCUGUUCCUCUAUGGUUUGGCAUCGACGUUACUUGCGUAUGUCAUAUCGAGUUUUGCAAAAUCUCAGCUCGCCGCAUUUGCCUUUGCGGCCGGCGGACAAGCGGUUGGCUUCUUGCUUUAUCUUAUCGCGUACUUGUCAGUUCUGACUUACAUCCCGUUUGACAAGAUCGACCGCGUGCUCAACGUUGUGCACUUCGUCAUCGCUGCCUUUGUGCCCAUUGGCAAUGUAGUUCGAGCUUUGUUUGUGUCUCUCAACCUUUUCUCCAUCCUGUGUCGGGAUAAAGAGGUUGCUACGUAUCCUGGGGAAAUCACCCUCUAUGGUGGGCCUAUAUUAUACCUUUCUCUACAAUCGUUGCUUCUGUUUGGUGUAUUGCUGUGGCAGGACAGCGGCCCACUACUCAAAAGGUUUAGAAAAGAUGUCAAAGGAGAAGAUCCCGAGAUUGAUGUCGCCAACGACGGAGAUCUUGGCAAUGAACUUGCUCGGAUGUCCGCCUUCAAUGAUGGCCUCAAAGUGGUACAUCUAACUAAAUCAUUUGGACAGUUCGUGGCUGUUCAGGACAUUACUUUUGGCGUUGCCCGUGGUGAAGUAUUCGCGCUUCUUGGACCCAAUGGUGCCGGAAAAUCCACCACCAUUACACUUAUCAGAGGAGACAUCCAACCAUCGCGAAAUGGCGGUGAAAUCUUCGUCGAGAAUAUCCCGGUUUCCAAACAACGCGCCGCCGCACGCGCCCAUCUGGGAGUAUGCCCUCAAUUUGACGCCAUAGAUCAGAUGACCGUCCUCGAGCAUCUGAGAUUUUAUGCCCGUAUCCGUGGCGUCCCUGACGUCGAACAUAACGUCAGAGAGGUCAUCCGUGCUGUUGGCCUUACGCCCUAUGGCGAUCGAAUGGCUUCCAACCUAUCUGGCGGUAAUAAACGAAAACUGUCACUGGGGAUUGCAUUGAUGGGCAACCCAACAGUUUUACUGCUUGAUGAGCCCUCAUCCGGAAUGGAUGCAGCCUCCAAGCGUGUUAUGUGGAGAACACUUGCGUCCAUCGUUCCCGGGCGCUCAUUGGUCUUGACAACACACUCAAUGGAGGAGGCAGACGCUCUCGCUAAUCGGGCCGGUAUCAUGGCUAAAACGAUGCUUGCUCUCGGCACCACAGACGACCUCCGCCGCCGCCAUGGUAACGUUUACUAUGUACAUAUCGUGCACAAAUCCGCGCCUCACACUCCAGAAGCCGAUAUGGAGCGAAUGCGCAAUUGGGUUUCGACCACCCUUCCUAGUGCAUCGAUCGAGCAAAAGACCUACCACGGCCAACUACGGUUUAGCGUCCCUGGCUUAUCAUCUGUGGCCACGCGGGGUUCGGAUUCAAAGAACUGGAUCUCGUCUCAGAACAAUGCUGAUCACCAAAUCUCGUACAAUUUUGGCGAGAAGGGUCCUGCCGACACUGCUGCGUCCUUCUCGCCACCAAAUCCAUCUUCCCCUGGCCUACUUGCUGCUACUGGCGCUGGCAUCAAUGUUAGCAAGCUCUUCACCCUUCUUGAGCGCAACAAGGAUACGCUUGGCUUCGAGUACUAUUCUGUCAGCCAAACGACCCUUGACCAGGUCUUCCUAUCUAUCGUUGGCAAACACAAUAUUGCGGAAGAAGGCGAGUAAAAAUAGGUGGUGGUGUGGGAUGUGCAUGAGCGAUUCUUUCAUUGCUUGCCUCACCUUUUCUUUAUCUAAACUAUAUAUAUAUAUAUAUAUAAAAUGUUCCUUUACGAAAUGGAUCACACCAUGACCUAGAUCACUUUGUACCAAUACACUAAUUUUAGUUGUUAACUAUGAGAGAGUAGUCAAAGGCGAACAAGUCGAACACGGCAAGGUACCUUCUCAUACUAAAUUCGCGCAGUGGCACAGUACAAAGUGAUCCAGCUCGUGGUGUGAUCCAUUUCGUCGCGGGAUAUUUUAUAUAUGUCCAACUUCUCAUGGCUGUCUAUAUCUUCCACGCCGUAUUCCUUGUAUAUAAUCUACUUCUUUGCAUAUCCUGUGGUUCCCAUCCAAAACCCGCACAUAACACUACCACUCCUUUCCUAACUUCUUUUCUUCUUUCUUCUUUUAUCUUUAUCUAUUUAUUUUCUUUUUUGCCUAUUGCCACCUUUUCCCUCCGUGUUAGAAUUCAAUAUCAGUAUCAGGAUUUUCUUCUGCUCCUAUGAACCAAACGUAUCGUAUCAUUUUUCAUUAUUAUGCAGUGUGCGAUCAGAAAAGCUGAAGGAUUUUGGCUGUCAGAGUGUCACAAGAUUCAGGAGGCUGACUGCUCAAAGGCAACAAACAUCCUUUUCCAUAACUAGGGGGAAUCGGCAGAGAAAAGC